AUGCUCUUGCUUCUAUCAACGGACAGUGUAGAUCGAACGGAUACAGCUGUAUUACGGCCACGUCAGAAUCGACGCAAUGCUGACGAACACACGAGGCAUAUGCAGCGCCAAGGGAUCGGCGUGUACAAGAUCGUUCUACUGCUGAUCUACGGCUGCUGCUUCUGGUUUCUAUUUAGAUAUCUGUUCUGGGAUCAUAUACAUCGACUACUUUUCCCAGAACAGAAAAACCAGAACUAUACUGAUCUCCUCGAUAGAAUAGAUCUCAACUGCAAUGGGAUACUCAAAAACGACCAAGAAGUCAUUCACCAAGCAAAGUUAAUGCGAUAUAAUACUCAUUUUGUAGAGAAGCUUAUCAUGGACGCUGAUGAUAGGUGCUUAGCUAUUCGUAGUCUUUUUUCAUUUGACAAUAGACCAAAUUCACAGGCGGAACGGGAUUAUCCAUUAGCAUACGGUCUGAUAGUAUAUAAAAAUUUAGUACAGGUACUCUUCAUGCUGAGCUCAUUUUAUCGACCGCAGAACGAAUACUGCAUAGCCGUAAGCGGCGGAGCUGAUCCAAUGUUCAAGCAUAUAAUGACAGAUGUAGACGAAUGUUUCAGCAAUAUUCGUGUGCUGAAUCGUCCUCGUAUUGACUGGGGAUCCUACGAAAUUAUUAAUUCGACAUUUGCUUGCCUCAAAGUGCUGUCCGGUAGCGAAACUCCGUGGAAAUAUUUUCAAUAUCUUGCUGGUGUCGACAUACCAUUGAAGACAAAUCUUGAAAUGGUUGAAAUUCUAAAACAAUGGAAUGACACGGUGAAUGCCGAAAUCACAUGGUUCCAACCAAAAAGGAUACGAAGCAAAAGAAUAGAAGCUGCUCCACUACCACUUUACAAAGCAUCACUGUCAGCAACCGUACCAAGAGCAGCUAUCGAUCGAAUAGUUAAUAGCUCUGAAGCUCGUGCGCUCCUAUUCUUCCUACUAAAUACUUCUAUUCCCGACGAGAGCUUUUGGGGUACAUUAACGGGAAAUACUGAAAAAUUCCCAAUUCCUGGCGGCACCGACGCAGCAAAAUGGCUUGAAUAUCGUGAGCAAUAUCGUCGGAACCACAGUGAACAACUGAAAAAUUUCGAAAAUCAAAAGCAUCACAUGCGUUAUUAUCUCUCACGGUAUCAAUUAUGGGACAGUAAUUGUCGAGGAAAGAUGGCAUCCGGAUCUUGCAUCUUCGGUAUAAACGACUUGUCUGAUCUCUUAAAACAACCGCAUCUGGUUGCACAUAAGCUUUACAUUGAUUUUGAACCGGCCGCUUUUUUCUGCGGAUUGAAGGAAAUUCGAUCCAGAGAGAAUAAACCAUUCGAAUUGGAUUUGAAACCAUACAGGGAAAUUCCUCAAGUGGAACUAAGCAUGGGUAUACCGUAUCAGAAUCUCUCACAUCCUCUCUGGCUAUUCUAA